AUGGCAACUUCAGGAAAAGAUUUAAAUCAACGUACUCGACAACUUGAAGAACGUAUUAUUGAUCCACGUUCACCAAUAUCAGUAGAUAGUCUCCUUGAUUCCAUUAUUGCUUUAGUUUAUGAUUCCGAAGGUCUUAAAAAGACAAAAAAUUUCGAUACAUUCUAUUCAAAAUUUUAUGCAUCUACACGAGAUAUUCGUGAAAAACGAAUUAAUUUUGAUGAUUUUGAACCAAUUAAAAUUAUUGGUCGUGGUGCUUUUGGUACUGUUGAUCUUGUACGACGAAAACCAUCUGGACAAGUUUAUGCUAUGAAAACAUUAAGUAAAUUUGAAAUGCUUAAACGAUCUGAUAGUGCUUUCUUUUGGGAAGAACGUAAUAUUAUGGCUUUUUCAAAUAGUGAUUGGAUUGUUAAACUUCAUUAUGCAUUUCAAGAUUCAAAAAAUUUAUAUAUGAUUAUGGAUUAUAUGCCCGGAGGUGAUUUAAUCACAUUACUUGAACGUUAUGAAGUAAAUGAAAGUUCUGCACGUUUUUAUUGUGCUGAAGUUGUACUUGCUCUUGAUGCUAUUCAUACUAUGGGUUAUAUUCAUCGGGAUAUUAAACCGGAUAAUAUGUUACUUGAUGCUCGUGGACAUUUAAAAUUAGCUGAUUUUGGUACUUGCGUUAAAAUGGAUAAAGAUGGCCUCGUACGAUCUGAUACUGCAGUUGGUACACCGGAUUAUAUAAGUCCGGAAAUAUUAAAAUCUCAAAGUACAACAGGAGUUUAUGGACGUGAAGUUGAUUGGUGGUCUGUUGGUGUUUUUCUUUAUGAAAUGUUAUUAGGUGAAACACCAUUUUAUGCUGAAUCAUUAGUUGGAACAUAUCAUAAAAUAAUGCAUCAUGAAGAUAAUCUUACUUUUCCUGAAGAAAUUCCUUUAUCUACUGAAGCACGUGCUUUAAUGUGUGCUUUUCUUACUGAUCGAUCAGCACGUUUAGGUAAAAAUGGUGUUCAAGAAGUAAAAGCUCAUACAUUUUUUACUAAUCAUAAUGAAUGGACAUGGGAAACAAUACGAAAAGCUACAGUACCUAUUGUACCACCAUUAACAAAUGAUGAAGAUACAAGUAAUUUUAAUGAAAUUGACAAAACUGAUGCUCCAUCAGAAGAAUCAUUUUCAAUUAAUAAAGCAUUCGCUGGACAUCAACUUUCAUUUAUUGGAUUUUCUUUUUCCAAUGAACAACAACCAUUUCUUGAACGUCGUUUGGCGAGCAAUUUCAAUAAUUUUAGCAAUACUGAAUUAGAACAACGUUUACAAGAAAAUGAACGAAUAAAAAAUGAAUUAGAAAUUCGUGUUCGACGUUUAUAUGAGGAUUUAAAUAUAAAAUGUCAAGACGAACAAUCAUUAAAUAGUAAAUUAUAUGAUAUUGAAAGAAAAAAUGUUAUUCUUACUACAGAAAAUAAAGAAGCUCAACGAAAAUAUGAACUUGAAUUAGAAAAUCGUCGAACAUAUGAACGUAAGUUAGAAGAAAUUCAACGUACACUUGAAAAUGAAAAACAAACUAAAACUCAAAUGGAUAGUACAAAUCGUGAAUCAAUAGAAAAACUUACUAUACUUGAACGACAAAUAAAUGAAUUAAAUGAUAAACUUAAAAUUGAAAUUGAUAGUAAUACACGUUUAAAAAAACAAAAUCAAGAAACACAAAAAACUUGUGUACAUUUUGAACGUACAUAUAAUGAAAUAUAUGAAAAAUAUCAAGAUUUAAUUUCUAUUAAACUUAAAAUUGAAAAAGAUUUUCUUAAUCAACAAUCAAUUAUAGAACAAGAAAAAAAUGCUAAAUUAAUGGUAUUAGAAAAAAUUCAAACACUUGAAGAAAAAUGCAAUACUAUGACAAUAGAAUUAUCGAAAUAUAAAGAUAGAGAAGCAUCACAAAUGAAUGAAUUUGGUGAACUUCGUCAAUCAUGUGCAUUAUUAGAACGUGAAAAAUUUAAUCUUCAAGUUGAAAUCGAUUCAUUACGUGUAAAACUUUCUGAAGAAGAAAUUGCACAUAAAAAAAUUCAAGAACAAUUACUUGUUGAUAAACUUAAACAUGUUCGAACUGAUGAAGAUCUUGAUCAUCAUAGAGAAGAAAUAAUUAAAGAUCUCGAAAAAAAAUUAAAUGCUGAACGUUUAGCGUUAAAAACAUCAAGUGAUGAAUUAAUGCAAACACAAAAAAAAGUUCGAAUAGUUGAAAUUGAUUUAAAAGAAUUAACAACAAGUUAUAAUCAAUUACUUUCUGAACAUGAAUUAUCUAAACAAUCAAAUGAACAAUUUAUUGAACAAAUGGAAUUUGAUAAUCACCGUCGAACACAAUAUGAUAAAGAUAUAAAACAAUUACAACAAGAAUUAAAUAAUUCAUUAAAUAAAGAAAAACAAUUACAAGAUGAAUUAGAUCAUUUAUAUCAAGGAAAUGAACGUUUAGUAGAAGAAUUAAAUCAUAUUAAUAAUGAAUAUAAAAUAAAUAAAACAAAACUUAUUGAUUACGAAGAACAAGUUGAAGUUGAAAGUAAAUUUUCUGUACUUUAUCGUACACAAAUGCAUGAAUUAAAAGAUGAAAUAAAUGAAUUAACAGAAAAAUUACGACAAAUUAAUAAUGAAAAAAGGAAUAUUGAAGAAGAAAGAGAUAAUCUUCUUAAACAAAUUGAAAUAACAAAUGUUAAAUUAAAAACUGAAAGUUUAAAUUUAAAUUUAUUACAAGAACAAUGUGCUGAAUUAGAAAAAGAAAAAAAUUUUAUGAUUAUUGAACUUGAUGCUAUACGCAAAGAUUUUAAUAGUCGAUUAAGUUUACUUGAUUCAGAAAUUAAUACGGUUCGUGAUCAAUAUGAAAAAAGCCAAUAUGAUCUUGAACAAGCCAUUAAAGAUCGUGACAUAACAACUAAUAAAUUCAAACAUGUUCUUGACCAAUUACAUGAUUUGGAACGACAAGUACCAGAAUUACGUAAAAAAGCUGAUGAUGAACGUGCAAAGAAAGAAGCUGCUGUUAAUAAAUUACAAGAAAUUGUUACAAAUCCAAUGCAACAUAAUCCAUUCUAUUCUCGACCAACGGGUGGUAGUCGUCGACAUGAUCGUAAUGAACGUAAUGUCGUACGACGUCUUGAACAAGCAUUAGCAGUGGAACGUAUGAAAUAUACAAAAUUACAACAUGAAAAAGAUGAAGAAGUAGCUGUAUUAUUAGAAGAUAUAAGUAAAUUAAAACGUGAAUUAGAAAUACGACGAGAUGAAAUUGAAAAAUUUACACAACAACUUGAAUCACGUACAUCAAUUGAUAAUAUUUCAUCAAUAGCUGAAGAAGUUGAUGAUGAUACAAAAGAUUAUAUAGAAAGUUGGGUACAAACUCCUAAGAAAAGUAAUAUUCAAAAAUAUGGAUGGAAAAAACAACUUGCCGUUAUGAAAAAAAACCGUUUAUUAUUAUACAAUUCAGAAAAGGAUCAACAACCUGCAGUUUCAAUUGAUAUUGAUAAACUUUAUCAUGUUCGUGCUGUUAAUCAAGGUGAUGUACUUCAUGUUGAUCCAAGUAUAAUUCCAAAAAUAUUCCAAAUUAUUUAUGAUAGUCAAGGUAAUUCAAUACCAAAUGUACUUUCAUCAUCAGUUAUCCAUUCACAAGAACAAGAUCGUCAUAAUGGUGAAUCAAUUGAAUAUAAAGGUCAUAAUUUUGUUGUUGUUACAUAUCGUAUGCGAACAGAAUGUGAAGUAUGUAAUCAUCCAUGUUAUAAUUUAAUUUCACCACCACAAUGUCUUCAAUGUACACGAUGUCGUGUUCGUUGUCAUAAACAACAUUAUGAUGAUGGAGAAUUUAUUCAACCAUGUCGAGUUUAUGAUACAUUAACUGUUAAAGAAUUAUUAGUUAUGUGUAGCAGUGAAAAAGAACAAAAACAAUGGAUUACUAAAUUAAGUACAAAAGUACCACGUCCACCACUUUCUCAAACGGAUUCAUUAAGAACAAGUACUGCAUCAUUUCGUUCGCAAAAUACAAGUAUGAGUUCAUCGACUUCCAAUUUAUUUGGUAAUAAUGCUGGACUAACAUUAAAACAAAAAUCUUCAACACUUCCAAAUCGUGCUAAGUGA